UACCUCCAUUUCCCAACCCAACUGCGGACCUUCCCCGUUUUUUCUCGUUCUUCUCAACCAGACAGAAAAAGCACACACAUGCACCAGCACCAGCACCACUGCAAAUCUUUGGCUGACCUACUCCGGUGGUGCUCUUCGCAGACCUCUCUUUCUCUCUCUCUCUAUAAACGUCUUCAAUGAGAACGCUUGUUCCUCCCUACUUCAUUUGCAGUCUCCUUAUCUGCUUCGCGGUGUUCGCUUUCAUUGAAUCCACCGCUGAGGUCGACUCGGCGGCUACCACCGAGAUCAAUGGCACAGCUAAUGAUUCGAACACAACGCGCCCGAGAUCCAGGGAGGACAGCUUUGCCGACAUGAUCGAUCGGGCGCUCGAGAAGGAGUUCACCGAGAACGACCAAAAUGAAGCUACUGAUCCUGGUGGCUUCAACAAUAGUGUUGCCGAACAGCAGGCUGUUCUAGAAACUGUUGCAAGAGUUAAAACCAAGAAAAAUGAGACCAAGGAGGAGAAGUCAUUUCAGUUUCAUCAUGUCUUCAAUUUGGAUAAUGAGAAUCGUGUGGAAGAUACACCGACAUUGAUAGAUCGAAAGGACAAUGUUUUUAUCAUAUCAAAUCCAAAAUCUAAAUAUCCAGUGCUGCAGUUAGACUUAAGAUUGAUCUCGGAUUUGGUGGUUGUCAUUGUCUCAGCAACUUGUGGUGGAAUUGCCUUUGCUUGUGCUGGGCAACCGGUUAUUACUGGAUAUUUGCUGGCAGGAUCUGUUAUUGGACCUGGUGGUUUAAGCUUUGUUAGUGAAAUGGUGCAGGUCGAAACAGUGGCUCAGUUUGGUGUGAUCUUUCUUCUUUUUGCUUUGGGCCUGGAAUUUUCAGCAACAAAGCUUCGUGUCGUACGUGCAGUUGCUAUUCUUGGAGGUCUUCUCCAGAUUUUUCUGUUCAUGUGCUUGUGUGGAAUAACAGCGUCAGUUGAAGAAUGUAACCAGUUGUUGGCUUCCAUAUUAUCUACUACUGUGCUAUCGAUUGCAUAUGGCCAGACUAAUAAGAAUAUAAUACUUGUAAGAUUGGCAAAGGCCUCCUUGUUGGUGGUUUUGAUUACAUUUUUGGCCAUCUUGACGAUAUUAUCUCGUACUUGUGUACGUGGGUUUCUGAAACUUAUGAUAAGUCUAUCAUCACAGACUAAUGAACUCUAUCAAUUGGCAUCAGUGGCAUUCUGCUUACUUGUUGCAUGGUGUAGUGAUAAGCUGGGUCUAAGCCUUGAAUUGGGUUCUUUCGCUGCGGGAGUGAUGAUAUCGACGACAGAUCUUGCUCAGCAUACACUCGAGCAAGUGGAGCCCAUUCGCAAUUUCUUUGCUGCUCUUUUUCUUGCAAGCAUUGGAAUGUUAAUUCAUGUCCAUUUUCUUUGGAAUCAUGUUGAUAUCCUACUAGCAGCUGUACUAUUGGUGAUCGUGAUAAAAACCAUUGUGGUUGCCAUUGUUGUUAAGGCAUUUGGAUAUAGUAAUAAAACUUCACUUCUGGUCGGAAUGUCCCUGGCUCAAAUUGGAGAAUUUGCUUUUGUUCUCUUAAGUCGAGCUUCUAACCUUCAUCUAGUUGAGGGUAAAUUAUAUCUGCUGCUUCUUGGCACAACAGCUCUGAGUUUGGUGACUACACCAUUACUUUUCAAGUUGAUACCUGCUGUUGUACAUCUUGGGGUUCUUUUACGGUGGUUCUCCCCUGAUAUUUCAAGUGAGAUUGGUUUUAAAGGAGAUAGCCUUCGUGGAGACAGUGCUAAGCGAAUUACUUUGAUGGUCCAAGGCUCUCAUGACUCAUGAUAUUAAUUUAAACGAAUCGGAAAUUGUGGACAUUUCAGCCUUUACCUGAUGGGCUUCUUAAUACUCUGGAGGACAGGUUCUAAAAAGCAUAAAGGAUUUUGACUGAAUGAAGUAAUGGUUCUCUCCAUUGCAAAGCUUCAUCGAAUAUUUGCCUACUUUGCCUUACAAAUAUCUGACCACGUCCGGAGUGAAUACAACCAGUUUGGACAAAGAAAUGACGAUCACAGGAGAUAUGAUCAAAUAUGGCAGCUAAUUUUUGAUUCAGAUCAUCUUGCCACACCUCUGAUGCCCUUUUUUUUGGUGUAACAUAGUUUCAUUUUGUAAUGUAGUCUAGAAAUUUUCCUUCCCUUUUUUAAAUUCAUUUUUCUUCUGAUGUUUUUGUCUAACCGUUUUUUUUUGUUGGAAGUGUAAGGAAAAGCAAGCAUCCAUAUUUCAAGUGUAUCAUGUGAUGCUUGCUGUCACACCGUGUAAACUUGAUCACCUAAUAGUAUUAUUUGGUACGGUAUAUAUAAUAAUUCAA